GAAGGUCAGUAAAGAUAAUUUGUUUCGGUUGGAAUAAAAUACAAAUUGUGUUAAUUUUCAAAAAUAUACAUAUAUAUUUUAAAGUCUUCGCCCGUGUUUUACAUGAAUUUUAUAAUUUAUUCUUUUCUUUUGAAUCUAAUUUGGUUAAGGAAUGUGUUGACUAAAUUGUUUCGAUAGCUUAUGAUUGUGCAUAUAUUGCUGGCUUAAAUCUAUUAAUUUUUAAAAGCAAAUGUUUUUAACCAUUUGAAAAGGCUCUCGGUAUAAAGAAUACGCACAGAGCAUUUAUGUGUCUUUGUUAAACAUUGGUUAAAUAAAAAGAAUGGUGAAAGACGAAAAGCCAGACAGUGCCAGGUCAUGGGCCAUUUGCCUGGCCGCUUGUGUCAUCAAUACCAUGCUGUCCGGCAUCAGUAGGACAACAGGAUUGUUCUAUGUAGCCCUCAUUGAGACUUACGGCAUAUCUAGACUUCAAGCUAAUCUUCCCUUCACAAUGCGGAAUGUAGUGCGGAAUCUUGGCGGACCAUUGGUGGGAGCGAUUGGACAGCGUUAUGGACCUCGGGAAGUGACGAUAGUUGGAGGAGUCUCAGCCUCUCUAGGAAUUCUGUUAUGCGCUUUCGUCUCCGACAUCACGUGGAUUACUGUGUUAUGGGGUGGCAUGCAUGGUCUUGGUGUUGCAUUAGGAAACACUUUAUUCCAAGUUAUAGUUACUCAAUACUUUCUCAAAUAUCGAGCUACAGCAUCUGGACUGGCUAUUUCCGGUGCCUGCAUCGGAUCCUUCGUAUUUCCAUUGAUGAUAGAAUAUUCUUUGAUGGAGUCCGGCUUGUCUGGAACAUUCCUAAUCACUGGAGCAAUGAUGAUGCAUGUCAUACCAGCAGGCAUCAUGAUGCAGGAACCGCCUUGGAUAAAAAGAGAGGUAAAAACUUCUGCAAAGGCAGAUAAAACCAAACGACAGAGCAACCCUCCUUCGAAAUCUCAAAAGAUUUCCUCAAGUAAAACCAUGGACAGUAUUCAAGAGGAAGGCAAUUCUUCAAUACCCGCUGCCAAAGCUGAAACUGAAAUUGGCGUGAAGGAAAUGUUGCCAAUGGCGAUUUCAUCAGGUGCAAAUGCAGCUGGUAAAAGUGCUACCUAUAUUGGAAACUCACGGAAUGACAGCGGCAUCGAUAAUCCCAGUUUUGAAAUGAGUGAAAUGAAAGUGGAAAACCGAAACAGUAAAAUUGAUGAAGUGGAAAACUUUUCCUCUAAGAUAGAUUUAAUUCCCACAGGUACUGAACAGGUACUUGAUGCAGAAUCAAAGAGACCUGUGGUACGCACGCGCACCAUAUCAAUUGGAAGAGUAAGUAUCACUAUACCCGUUGAACCAGUUGGCGCUGUUCAAGAAACAUCCAUUUACAGAGGAAUGAUCAAAGUCUGUCGUGAUCCAAUGUUCCAUAUGAUCAGCUUAUCUCUGGCUGCCUUUGCUAUGUGUUUCGAUCCUGCUAUAACAGUAAUUGUUGACUAUUUAAUGGACAAAGGCAUGAAGGAGGAUCUCGCCAAAUACUUCAUUAGUAUGCUGGCUCUUGGCGAUUUGUUCGGGAGAUUAUGUUUUGGUUGGGUGACAGAUAAGAAAUACAUGUCGAUUCCGAAAUUCAUGAUGCUCCUUCAAGUGGUACAGGGUGUCUGCUUCCUACUUACUCCCAUUUUUUAUAGUUUUGAUAUCCUGAUGACACUGAUGAUUGUGUACGGACUUACAUCAGGAGCUGCAUUAGUUAUGUUUCCAAUUUUAGUCGGAAAGUACCUGCAAUCAGUUCAAUCUCUUGCGAUUGGAUCGAUUCAGUUCUUCAGUGGGAUACUCUCCUUUGCUGUACCCCCAGUUAUAGGUUAUUUUCGAGAUGAGGUGGGUUCGUACGAUGGCAUGUUUUACAUAACCGGAGGAUUGUCAGUAAUUGUUGGUUUCUGUUGGCUAUUUGAGCCUAUGCUAAUGAGGCUAAAGUCUAAAAUGAAUCCAGAUGACAUUGGAUGAUGAAAUAGACAUAAUAGGAUGAUUAAAUACUCUUCACAAUUUAUAGACUGCGAUAAACACAAGGUGCCUUGUAAUGACUGCUCUUAAUACGUAUUUUUUGGAAUCAGAAAACAUUGCUCAUGUGUCAAAAAUUAAUAUUUAAGUGAUGAAAAAUAAGGACGUCAUUAAAUUUUGAGCUCUAUAUGAGUGUGGACUGUAAGGCGAAAGCAAUCCAUUUAUACUGGCUUUUAAUGGUUUUUUCCAUCAUUUGCUUUUGAUUGACUUCGAUACUGAUUCUUCAGAGUUUAAUAACAUUUAUUUUUUUCAUAACUUUAAGUAUUUUUAACGCGAUUUUUAUAAAUAUUUUAGGAUUGUACAUUAAAGGAAGUCGUUACAAAACACUCUGUAUACUAUAUAAUGUUUUUAAUAAAUAUCAGGAAUUGUA